UGUGCCCAGCUGAGCUGCCGGCGCCGCCUGGAAGAUGGCUGUGGCGCUGCGGUACCUGUGGCCUCUCCUCCUUUGCAGUCCUUGCCUGCUCAUCCAGAUCCCGGAAGAAUAUGAAGGGCACCACGUGAUGGAGCCGCCCGUCAUCACGGAACAGUCUCCACGGCGCCUGGUUGUCUUCCCCACAGAUGACAUCAGCCUCAAGUGCGAGGCCAGCGGCAAACCCGAAGUGCAGUUCCGCUGGACUCGGGACGGCGUCCACUUCCUGCCCAGCGAGGAGCUGGGCGUCACCGUGCACCAGGCGCCUCACUCCGGCUCCUUCACCAUCACCGGCAACAACAGCAACUUUGCCCAGAGGUUCCAGGGCACCUAUCGCUGCUUUGCCAGCAACGACCUGGGCACUGCCAUGUCCCAUGAGAUCCAGCUCAUGGCUGAGGGUGCCCCCAAGUGGCCAAAGGAGACCGUGAAACCCGUGGAGGUAGAGGAAGGGGAGUCGGUGAUUCUGCCCUGCCACCCCCCACCCAGUGCUGAGCCGCUGCGGAUCUACUGGAUGAAUAGCAAGAUCUUACACAUCAAGCAGGAUGAGCGGGUGACUAUGGGCCAGAACGGCAACCUCUACUUUGCCAACGUGCUCACCUCGGACAACCACUCGGACUACAUCUGCCACGCCCACUUCCCGGGCACCCGGACCAUCAUUCAGAAGGAGCCCAUUGACCUCCGGGUCAAGGCCACCAACAGCAUGAUCGACCGGAAGCCGCGCCUGCUCUUCCCCACCAACGCCAGCAGCCACCUGGUGGCCCUGCAGGGGCAGCCCCUGGUCCUGGAGUGCAUCGCCGAGGGCUUCCCCACGCCCACCAUCAAGUGGCUGCGCCUGAGCGUCCCCAUGCCGGCGGACCGGGUCACGUACCAGAACCACAACAAGACGCUGCACCUGCUGAACGUGGGCGAGGAGGACUACGGCGAGUACCUGUGCCUGGCCGAGAACGCGCUGGGCAGUGCCCGCCACGCCUACGACGUCACCGUGGAGGCUGCUCCGUACUGGCUGCGCAAGCCCCAGAGCCGUUUGUACGGGCCCGGGGAGACGGCCCGCCUGGACUGCCAGGUGCAGGGCAGGCCCCAGCCCGAGGUCACCUGGAGAAUCAAUGGGAUCCCUGUGCAGGAACUGACCACGGACCAGAAAUACCGGAUUCAGCCCGGAUCCCUGGUCCUGAGCAACGUGCAGCCCAGCGACACGAUGGUGACCCAGUGCGAAGCCCGAAACCGGCAUGGCGUCCUGCUGGCCAAUGCCUACAUCUACGUCGUCCAGCUGCCGACCAAAAUCUUGACCCCAGACAAUGAGACGUACCUGGCAGUGGAGGGCAGUACUGCCUACCUUCUGUGCAAGGCCUUCGGAGCCCCCGUGCCCAGUGUCCAGUGGCUGGACAAGGACGGCAAGACGGUGCUGCAGGAUGAGCGCUUCUUCCCCUACACCAACGGGACCCUGGGCAUCCGUGACCUCCAGGCCAACGACACCGGACACUACUUCUGCCAGGCUGCCAACGACCAAAACAACGUGACCAUUGCGGCUAACCUGCAGGUCAAAGAUGCCACUCGGAUCACACAGGGGCCCCGGAGCGCCAUCGAGAAGAAAGGUUCAAGGGUGACAUUCACGUGCCAGGCCUCCUUUGACCCCUCCCUGCAGCACCGCAUCACCUGGCGUGGGGAUGGCCGAGCCCUCCAGGAGCUGGGGGACAGUGACAAGUACUUCAUAGAGGAUGGGCGCCUGGUCAUCCACAGUCUGGACUACAGUGACCAGGGCAAUUACAGCUGCGUGGCCAGCACCCAGCUGGACACAGUGGAGAGCAGGGCCGAGCUCCUGGUGGUGGGGAGCCCCGGGCCGGUGCCCCGUCUGGAGCUGUCUGAUCGUCACCUGCUGAGGCAGAACCAGGUGCGCCUGUCCUGGAGUCCCGCCGAUGACCACAACGCCCCCAUCGAGAAGUAUGACAUUGAAUUUGAAGACAAGGAAAUGGCCCCUGAGAAGCUGCACAGUCUGGGCAAGGUGCCUGGGAACGAGACGUCCACCAUCCUCAAGCUGUCACCCUAUGUCCACUACACCUUUAGAGUUACCGCCAUCAACAAAUACGGCCCCGGAGAACCUAGUCCUGCCUCUGAGACUGUGGUCACACCCGAGGCAGCACCGGAGAAGAACCCCGUGGAUGUGAAGGGGGAGGGCAACGAGACUGACAACAUGGUCAUUACUUGGAAGCCACUCAGGUGGAUGGACUGGAACGCCCCACAAAUUCAGUACCGGGUACAGUGGCGCCCUCAGGGCUCGCGGGGGAGCUGGCAGGAGAAGACUGUGAGUGAGGCCUUCCUGGUUGUGUCCAACACGUCCACCUUCGUGCCCUAUGAGAUCAAGGUCCAGGCCGUCAAUAGCCAGGGCAAGGGCCCGGAGCCCCCCGUCACCGUGGGCUACUCUGGGGAGGACUACCCGCAGGCAAAGCCUGAGCUGGGAGACGUGGAGAUCCUCAACUCCAGUGCCGUGCUGGUCAGGUGGCGGCCUCUGGACCCCGCCCAAGUCAAGGGCCAUCUCCGGGGGUACAAUGUGACGUACUGGUGGCAGAGCAGCCAGAGGAAGCACAGCAAGAGGCACGUCCACAAGGAGCACGUGGUGGUGCCCGCCAACUCCACCAGCACCAUCCUCAGAGGCCUUCGGCCCUACAGCAUCUACUAUCUGGAGGUGCAAGCCUUUAACGGCCGGGGCUUGGGGCCCGCCAGCUGGAAGACCUUCAGCACCCCAGAGGGAGUGCCUGGCUGCCCUGAAGCGCUGCAGCUGGAGUGCCAGUCGGAUACCAGCCUGCUGCUGCACUGGCUGCCCCCGCGCAGCCACAACGGCGUGCUCACCGGCUACGUGCUCACCUACCAGCCCCUGGACGACGGGGGUGAGCAGCAGCUGUCCUUCCACCUGCCCGACCCGGAGCUGCGGACGCACAACCUGACCAACCUCAGCCCGCGCCUGCGCUACCGCUUCCAGCUGCAGGCCACCACCAAGGAGGGCCCCGGCGAGGCCAUCGCGCGGGAGGGCGGCACCAUGGCCUUGUCUGGGACCCCGGAUUUUGGCAACAUCUCCGUCACAACAGGCGAGAACUAUAGCGUGGUCUCGUGGGUCCCCAAGGAGGGCCAGUGCAACUUCGGGUUCCAGAUCAAGUUCAAAGCCUUCCAGGACGAGAAGCUGGGCCCUCACAUCGCGCCGCAGGACGUCAGCUACAGCCAGAGCUCCUACACGCAGGGGGACCUGCAGCCCGACACCAAGUACACCAUCCUCCUGCUCAAGGAGAGCGCGCUGCUGCGGGAGUUCGUGGUGAAGACCAACGGCACCGGCCGUGUGCUGCUCCGGCCGGCCGGCUUCGCCACCGAGGCCUGGUUCAUCAGCUUCGUCAGCGCCGUGGUGCUCUUGCUCCUCAUCUUGCUCAUCCUCUGCUUUAUCAAGCACAGCAAGGGCGGCAAGUACUCAGUGAAGGACAAGGAGGACACGCAGGUGGACUCCGAGGCCCGACCCAUGAAGGACGAGACCUUCGGCGAGUACAGCGACAACGAGGAGAAGGCCUUCGGCAGCAGCCAGCCCUCUCUCAACGGGGACAUCAAGCCCCUGGGCAGUGACGACAGCCUGGCCGACUGGGGCAGCGUGGACGUGCAGUUCAACGAGGAUGGCUCCUUCAUCGGCCAGUACAGCGGCAAGAAGGAGAAGGGGGCGGCUGGAGGCAACGACAGCUCAGGGGCCGCCUCCCCCACCAACCCCGCGGGGACCCUGGAAUAG